CAACCACUGUGUUUGUCUUUCAGGAGGACAGUUCAAAGUAUUUGUUGAAGUCUCUUCUGAUGAAGUAUUUGUUGCAUUCCUUGGUGUUAUAUUGGGUCUACUGUUGCUUACCAUAGCUCUUCUUGGACACCUGCUAGGAUUUCAUAUUUAUUUAAUGUGUCAUAGAAUAUCCACAUACGAGUUCAUUAUUAAUUCAAGAGAUAGCCAAGCUGGUGUCACUGAUGUUGAAGCAGGUGCAAAGUCACUAUCAAAUAGAAAAUUAUUUAAGAAUAAAGUGAAACCUGAAGAAGACAGGAGGGAGAAUGCAGAACCUCCAAGGAUUGAAAUAAGUGAUCAUGGCAGGUCCGAGGUAUCAGAGGAUUCUCUCCCUGUUGAGACAACUGUCAAGUUCAUAAGUGAAGUCAGUUCUAAGGCCGCUGCUAAACAUCACAGAUCCAGUGUUGACCAUAAACAAUCACAAGACCAGGAAUUAGUGUCUAAACAACCCUCAGUAAUCAAAGAUUAUUCGCCACUGGGCAUGACGGAGCCUUCAGGUUCAGAGGAAUCCUUGAAGGAAAUCACAUCCACUACCCCACGGGUUGCAAUUCAUCAGCCGGCAAUCGCAAACAUGGCCUCUAAGCUAGAGCAACCUGCGGAAAUUGUUGUCGACCAAUACGGUACUGACACAGCAUCAGCCCGACCGGGGCCUAGUGGGAUGACUUUAGCCGAUGAUGAUGAAGGCGAGGAACUGGUACCAAGUCCCAGGAAGAGGAAAAAACGGAAAGUUCGUGAAGGAGUGAAUUCACAGACAAGUAAUAAUGAGGAAUGUGAACUUGUUGGGGUUGUCACGAAAGAUAUUAAACCGGAAGAUGUAGCGAAAGGACAAGACACUGUAGAUGCUCCAAUUCCGAAGAAGAAGAAAAAGAAAAAAACGAAAAGCGCUUCACCAGAAAGCUUACCUCCUGUUGUAAAUCGCCGGCCACUUCCACAGUUACAAUUGGAAGACUGACUCGGACGAAUUUCAUUGGGAAAUUUUGAAUUAAAGCACUCCAGUGACACGAAUAUUUUAAAUCAAUCGUUAUCGUUAAUUGUAAAUAGCAACUUAGUACAUUACAGGCGAAAUUUUACAAAUGAAAUGAAAUUUCAUUCGAAAAUUUCACUAUACAACCCAAAAGUAUUUAUGAUGUAAAAUGAAUUUUCUGUCCGUAAAUUAAUUUCGUAAAUUAAAAGCAUUUUUCUCGUAGAGACUAGAUAACUCUUAUAUUCUUAGCCAAGUUUUACAUCAAUUCUUAAACGAUAAGCUAGAAAGUAGUUGUAGGAUUCGACUAAAGUUUUAGAAUGCAGUGGUUGAUGAUGCUGUGAAAUUCUUUAGAGCCCAAACUAAUCUUGAUACCAACAUAAUGGUCAACAAUAUUACUACUCUUUUGUAGCCCACUAUUAAUUUUUUCACUUUU